AUGCCACGCCUCUCGACAUCAUCAUCAUCCUCUCCAUCAUCCUCCUCACGCAUGCUAUGGUCUAUACCUCCAAUAUUUGACUGUUUUACCCGACAUCCAAAAUUACUAUUAUUAUUUCUAACAAUUGUAGAAAUGUUAAUGUUUUUUGAUCGGGGAGCAAUUGCGUCUGUUUUACCUUCCAUCAAGGAGCAUUGGACGUUAUCGGGAAAACAAGAAGGAAUUAUUGGAAGUGCUUUUAUAAUUACAUUUUCAAUAGGAAGUACAUUAUUUGCUUUUUUGGCGAAUUACGUGAGAGUGAAUUUAAUUAUGGCUUUCGGAUUGUUUGUUUGGACUGUGAGUGCCAUCUUAUCGGGGUUAUGGGGAUCAGUAUCUCAUGGAGUCGAUCAACAAUGGGGAUACUACAUGUUAGUGCUGUCACGAGCUCUGAUUGGAAUUGGAGAAGCUUCUUUUGUGCCACUCUCAGUCACUCUCAUUGAUGACAUUGCAACAAAAGAAUACAAGACGACUUACAUGAGUUUUUUCAUGUUGGGAGUACCAUUAGGAGUGGCAUUUGGAUACAGUAUUGCAUCAUAUAUUGUAAAUAUCAGCAAUUGGACCUAUUGUUUUUACAUGGAAUCAUUAUUUGGACUAUUCUUUGGAUGUCUCCUUCUCUUUAUUCCUCUUUCCUCAGUGAAAACAAAACAUUCCAAAAAAACAGAUGAAAACGCUUCCGAAUUUGAAAAACAUAAUACAAGUUUAGAAAUUGAUGACGAAGAGAAUUAUCAAGUCGAUAUCAUUAAGGUUGAAAAAAUUGAAACUACGACACCACACGAGCAACAUGGAAGUGACACUAUACAUCCAUCUACUCACUUUCAUUCCGAAAUGGAUGAUUUAUCCGAUGAUGGAGAAGAAACAAAUAGUGAAUUUUCUCUACUUCACAAAAACGGAGAUUCUCAUGACGACGACGCUGAAGAAAUUCUUUUGCAUGAACCCAUUGUGGAAGAAGAGUUACGACUUCAUAAUGAAACAACCACUCAGUCCUCUUCUUCCUCCUCACGACUGCAACAUAUCAAACGUGAGUCUGACAAGAAUAGAUAUCGAGUGUUCUCAUUUUGCUCAGCCAUGAAAUAUCUGUUCUGUAAUCCAGUGUAUUGCUUUAGUACCUUGGGAUCCUGUGGAUAUAACUUUGUGGCAGGUGCCAUUCAAUUCUAUGCUCCUUCGUAUGUUUUACACAAAAUUAGACAAUCGGAUAGUGCCAUUACGAUAGCAUCUGAUUCUGCAAAUUUUGCAAAUAUUGGAUUUUCUGUGGUCAUGCUGUUGGCAUCUAUUAUUGGAACCAUGUUGGGUGGUUUUAUUGUCGAUCGAUUUGGUGGUUCCAAUGGUAUGCGAGGAGCCACGAGAAGUUUGUUAUUUUGUGGAAUUUUCUUACUUAUGGGAUUUCCAUGGGUCAUUCCAGUAUUUAUUUUCAAUGUGAAUAUUUAUGUCUUGCUGAUAUUAUUCGGAAUUUCGUGCGUUUUUCUAUUUUGUUCAACAAGUCCUUUCCAAUGUAGUGUUGUCAACUCGGUCGAGUACAAAAAUUUGAGAAAUUAUGGAGUGAGUUGGCAAAUAUUUUUAUUCCACUUGUUUGGAGAUUUUCCAUCUGCAUUCAUCUUUGGUCUCAUUCAAGACAGUUUUUCGAUUGAUGUUGCCAUGAGUAGUGUGUGGAUUAUUCUGAUACCUUCAUCUUUUAUUUUUAUUGCUGGUUAUUUUGUUUCCUAUUUUUGGUUACAACGAAGACAUGACAAGAUGAAACUACAAUUUAUCACAAAGAAAAAGGUCGAACUCGAUUUGGAGAGUCUAGACAAUAGUGAAGAAGCAAAAGAUGAUGACUCUGAUUCAACAGCUGCAAAAACAACACGUCAUGAAGCACCCCCUGCAUCCAGUCAUAACUCCUCAUUUGAACAUCAUGCAUCGUCAACAAAACCACCAACGACACGAGCACGAACGAACAGCAUGGAUGAAAAAUCUAAGAAACAAUAA